AUGGCAAAACGUACAAAAAAGGUUGGUAUUGUUGGUAAAUAUGGCACUCGUUAUGGAGCAUCUUUGAGAAAAACUGCUAAGAAGGCAGAGAUCUCUCAACAUGCUAAAUACACUUGCGCUUUUUGUGGAAAGGAAGCAAUGAAACGAUCGUGUGUUGGUAUAUGGCAGUGUAUGAAAUGUCAUAAAAAGGUUGCUGGUGGUGCCUAUGUUUACAGCACAACAACCGCUGCCACAGUUCGAAGCACGAUCCGUCGUUUGCGUGAGACAAAAGAAUAAAAAUUGGGUAAUGACAAAGAGGUUCUUUAUUUUUUGUUGUUG